AUGGCCAGCCGUCUCUCCAGAAUAGAAGCCGAGAAAUUGGCCAUCAUCCAAAAGUCCAUGUCUAACCGCGGCCGCUCCAAGUCGCCCUCAGGCAACAAUCUGCGCUCGUCGUCGGCCCUGGCAGACGACUUCAAUAACAAGGAAAUGAAGUGGUCUAUCACCAACCACGACCCACUGGAACGAUUACAAGACGAUCAUGCUGUCGCUGAUGAGGAUGACUCAAAGCAUAUGUGGGACAACGAGGCCAGUGAGGAGGAGCAUAUCAGUGACGACGACGAUGGAGAGAAGUUCCAGUACGACGGAACCGGCAACAUCUUGCCGAAUUAUGCAUGCCACGACGAGAAAAUUUCCGAGGUUUCGACCAUCUUGGAGAAUCUGAACUUGAACGACAGUCAAACCAUCCAGAAGUUGGAGGAGCUCACGGCCACUGAGAGAGCGUUGGCCAAUGCAAAGAACAUCGGCAGUUCUGUCGACAGCAAUAUUGUCAGUAAACUUUCCGAAAACAAGCAUGCGUUGACUGGUAGCGAAGCGUUGAAUCUUCAGAAUUCCGACCAGGAUGCCGAGUCUAGAAGACAGAAGUUGGAAACCUAUCAGGCAUACCGUAGAAAGAUCAUUGACCAGGAGAACGAGAACUUGCGCUCGCAUAGCGCCAUGACUGCCAUUAGAAAGGCACAUGCUCUGGCUGACGAAGGUUCGCCGGGAGAUUCUGACGAGGAGUUCAUGGUGCCUUACACUUCUGCAGUGGAAGACAAGUUGGACUCGGAGUUCGCAUCCAAGUUAAACGAAACCAUCCAGGAGGGAGCCGUGGACUCCAACAUUUCACAGUCGAGAGUGAUCCAGACCAUCACCAGAGGCAACUUUUUCCAGCUUGUUAACCCACAGAUUAAGCCCAAGAUGUUUCUACUUUGUAUGGAUUUUAGUCCCGAGUCCAUUUUUGCUCUUGAGUGGGCAUUAGGAACCGUUUUGGUGGACGGUUCGGUUUUGUUCAUCGUUUGUGUUAUUGAGGAGACCGACAGCAACCAUCAGUUGAAAGGUAACACACUGGCCGAGACCGCCCGUGAAAAGACCAGAAUGGACAUGUUGAACCGAGCUAAACAUCAAGUUUUGAACUUGUUGAAGUUGACCAAGUUGCAAAUUCAUAUCGUUAUCGAGAUUAUUCACCAUCCAAUCCCCAGACACUUGAUUUUGGAAUUGAUUGACAACUUGCAGCCCACAUUGGUGGUGGUUGGUUCCAAGGGUCUGAGUGCCAUCAAGGGUGUUUUGUUAGGUUCUUUAUCCAAUUACUUGGUGACCAAGUCCACGGUUCCUGUGAUGGUUGUCAGGGAAAAACUCAAGAAGAUCAACCGUUUCAAGAGCGGCUCUUCCGUUUUCGCCAACAAUAUCAAGCCUUUGACGUUGUCGGAGGCCAGAGUCGAUUAA